AUGGAACCAGCACUACCCCUCCCCCUAAGACUAGACCUCACGCAUUGCCCAGUAUCUAGGUCGCACGAAUGCGUAUCAGAAUCCAUCUCCCAUUUCCUAUCCGCCUAUGCUGCUCGUACAGGGACUCAAAAUGCCGCUUCCUCGUCGGACGAUCCUUCUUCCUCAUCCUCCUCUGCUUCAACUGGCGGAGUGGUCGCUGCUCAAUUAACCCGAUUAAUGAACGGUUUGGCGGGCAAAAUAGACCAUGAUAUCUUUGCAAACCUCUUCCCCACCACUUCUACCACUGCAGCAGAUGCUCUUGAUAUCGACCAAGAACAAGUUGACCAACUAGAAACGCCAAGAGAGGUACUCGAUCCGAGUCAGAAGAGAGGUGCGCCUGGAGGAGAUGGAGAAGGAAGGGAUUCUUUUUCCAAGGCGGACGAAUUGAGUCAUGCCGAAACACCAAAUCUUGAUGAUAGUUUGACGACCGAGGAUCCCGUGCAUGAUGCCGAGGAAGAAUCGCCGAGAAAGAAGAGUAAAAAGGAGAAGAAGGAGAAGAAGGAGAAGAAGGAGAAGAAAGGUAAGAAGGAAAAGAAGAAGGUUAAGAGCGAAGCAUGA